CAUGUUUCGAUUUUAGCCACUUAAACGACAAAAGUAACUGUAGUGGGUACCCUUGCAAAAACACCAAACAAAAGGAACCACACCAGGAGUUGAUUCUCCCCCUCACAAUACAAUGGAGUUAUCACUCUCAUCUUCUUCUCUUCGACUCUAUGCCACCUCUUCACGUUACAGAAAACCACCCAUUCACCCCAGAUGCAACCUCUGCAUUUCGCUUUUCAAUACUUCUUCUUCGACUCUAAGAACCAACUCCUUCACUACCACAAGAACCUCCACCCUCAAAUUCCCCAUUACGGCUUGCAGUCAAGCCGGUGCUGCUGAAUCAAAUCCACCAUUGAAUAAAGUUGCAGAUUUUAAAGACGCAUUCUGGCGUUUUCUAAGGCCCCACACAAUUCGUGGAACAGCAUUAGGAUCAGUGUCUUUAGUAUCUAGAGCGCUGCUUGAAAACCCAAAUUUGAUUCGGUGGUCACUCUUGUUCAAGGCGUUUUCCGGUCUUAUUGCUCUCAUAUGUGGGAAUGGUUAUAUAGUCGGCAUCAAUCAGAUUUAUGACAUAGGAAUUGAUAAGGUGAACAAACCCUAUUUACCUAUAGCUGCGGGGGAUCUUUCUGUCCAGUCAGCAUGGAUUUUGGUGUUAUCAUUCGCAAUAGUAGGUGUUAUUAUUGUUGCGCUGAACUUUGGCCAGUUCAUCACUUCUCUUUACUGUUUCGGACUUUUUUUGGGCACCAUUUAUUCCGUUCCACCACUUCGAAUGAAGAGAUUUCCUGUUGUAGCAUUUCUUAUAAUUGCUACGGUGAGAGGUUUUCUUCUAAAUUUCGGUGUGUAUUAUGCGGUGAGAGCGGCUCUUGGAUUAACGUUUCAAUGGAGUUCACCGGUGGCUUUUAUCACAACAUUUGUUACAAUGUUUGCUUUAGUAAUUGCUAUUACUAAAGAUCUUCCUGAUGUCGAGGGUGACCGAAAGUUUCAGAUUUCUACUUUUGCAACCAAACUUGGAGUAAGAAACAUUGCGUUGCUAGGGUCCGGGCUUCUGCUGAUCAAUUAUAUCGGUUCUAUCGUUGCAGCAGUAUACAUGCCUCAGGCUUUCAGGAGCAUCUUGAUGAUACCGUUUCAUACAAUCUUGGCCUCCUUUUUGAUUUUCCAGGCAUGGGUACUCGAGCGUGCGAAUUAUACCCAGGAGGCAAUUGCAGGAUACUACCGUUUUAUAUGGAAUUUAUUUUAUGCAGAGUACAUCAUUUUCCCUUUCAUCUAAUUAUUCUUUUUAUUCUUAUUUUUAUUUUUUGAGAUUUGGUUAUAUAAUGUAAUAUUAUAUUAUAUUGUGCAUUGUAAUAUGCAGCCAUGUAAUGGCUUACAAUGUAUCUUCACUACAAAUGUAAGUGUAGACUUAUACCAGACUUGACUUUUUAUUCCAAAGAAAGAUGAAGGUUGACUUCUUGUUUAGUGGCA